CGUGGCCGCACGGUCCACUCGUCGAUCGAACUCCACAACUUCCAGCAUUGCCAUUUCGUCUCUUCCUUGUUACGACAUCCGAGUAUAGUCUCUAUUCACACCAUGCCUGCUAACGUUAUGGACAGCACCGUGAUUCCCCGGCAGUGCCCGGCCGUCAGAUCCGGCAAACCAGCCGGCCAUCUCAUCGCAGAUAUUCUCGGCUACUCGCAAGCUUCGGAACCUUCAACCGUCCGUGGUGAUAGUUCCCCGGCCGAGACCAGCGUGCGAGGUCCGGCGGGCAACCGCCGCCGCCGUCCCCGCACGAUCUUCACUGCAGAGCAGAGACAUCAACUGGAGACGGUCUUCGCUGUGAACCAGUAUCCAGACAUCACCAACCGCGAGGUGCUAGCGGACGCCAUCGGCAUGACGGAGGCAAGGGUUCAGGUUUGGUUCCAAAACCGCCGCGCCAGAGGCCGUCGCCACGGUCGUCAGACGGGGGGUGAGACCCCUGAGCUUCAGUCCCCGCCGACAACACCGUCUCCCCCAUCCCUGACGCCUCAACCACAGACGGCGGCACCAGUGAAGACGGAGCCACUCAGCCCCUCCGUUGUCGUCAAACCAGUCCAGCAGCCUCCGUCUUCCUCACCAAACAUCACACCUGCAGCCCCCGUGGACUUCCCGUCUGUCAUCUACUGCUCUCCGCCUCAGAUGUACCCUGCCUCGUACUCCGAGUACGUACUCCCGACGUACGGGCUGUACCCACCGCAGCCGCUGGGACUCUGCACCGGGUCGCGCAGCCCUCCUCCCGGGUACACUGUGGCCACUCUUCCCGGUCGCUACGCUGGAGUCUACUCGUCAGGGUACCAAGGAGCAUUGGUCGGUACCUUGGCAACGCCAGCCAUCUUCGAUGCAUCCAUGGUUCCUCAGUCUACUCCCAUCUCGUCACACGUGGACUCGACCGGACCUUGGGGGUAUGGCCAAGGCGGACUUCUGGCCAUUGCUCGCCACUGAACUUUAUCUGAAAUUCACUGAACUUUAAAAUCAGCAACUGUGUAUGUGAUCUGUUAAAAAAACCCAUUUAUAUCGUUCUUUACCUGUGAUGGCUUCAUAUGUAGCUGCUUUUUCUUUUUCACUCAACAAGUCAUUAGUUCCUUGAAAUUAAAACUGGUGUUUUUGCCCAAUUUUUUUGGACAUAAUCAGACCAUGUUUUGUUUGCUUUUGGUGAUGCAAUGUUUUAUUUUCUAGUCAACGAACCAAUAAUAAUCAUUACGAGUUACUUUCAGUUGGGAAAGUACGAAUAAUCUUAAAAUCUUUUAAUCUCUAUUUCUUUUUACAUGUAUCUGCUCUUUUCCUGGGUUAUUAUUGACUUGUACGUAUCAACAGUUAUGAAUUAAAUAAUUAUGAUUUCUGUUUUCGUUGAACACAAGUUGA